AUGCUCUCGAAUAUAUAUCGUCAACAUACAGAAUAUGUCUCAGUUUUGAAACAAAAACAAGAAAAGAAAAAGAAAGAAUUACUUACAUCAACCGAACAAUUAACUCGUCAUGUACUAGAUGGACUUAAUAAUGAUGUUUCUGAAUGUUAUAAAAAUCAAAAACGUAUUGAUCAUGCAUGUAAACAAUUGACAACACAAUCAAAUCAACUUGCAAAACAAUCUCAAGCAUGGAUAACACUUAUCGGACAAUUUACUGAUGCACUUAAAGAAUUAGGUGAUGUUGAAAAUUAUUCAAAAAUAAUUGAACGAGAAUGUUUAUCGAUUACAAAUAUAUUAGCUACUGUACAUCAAGAUAUGACUAAAAAUCGACAACAAAUAGAUGAUAACAACCCUCAAGAUUCUUCAAAUCCAUCUGAAUAA